AGUCUGGAAGAAGGUGUUUUGAGAAACUUUUGACUGAUUCAGAUAUCCCACUGACUCCUACGAAGUGUAAACAAGUUUUAUAAACGGUUUACUGGUUGUCGAUUGCUAAAGGAAUUCUUGUUGAAUUGCUGCAAAUUGCGUACUGCCAUUGCUCAUUUGCUGUUCACGAGGAAGCGUCGUAGCUAUUUGUCGAAUGGAUACUGACUUUACGUGUAUGUCCAUACUGGAUAAAGCUGAUAUUCUGCACAGUGUGCAAUGGAGAAAGUUUGCUCUCUCAUAUCAGAACAAUUUGGAAUUGAGUUGGAGCAGAAGGAACGUGAAAUCCAGCUGAUUGACCAACGCCUUGCAGAUGUUCAAUCUAUGCUAGAUCGUGUGCGUUCAGCAACUCUACUUCAGUAUUAUGGAUUGACUGAUGCUGGGCCUGAUACCAGGAGUGAUCCUUUGAAAUCGAGUGCACUUAAAUUCACAACUGGUCCUAGUGGUGGAAUUUUGCUGCCAUCUGAUGAGUCUCGUAAACGUUCUGCAUCUCCCACGGGGACUGCGCGUAAUGGAAAACCUGGCGGUGGGGAGGGCGUAGAUGUGGUAGGACACGACUUGCGUCAGCCGCAGGCUCAGGGCAGUACUGCUCGCAACAGUGCAGAUGGUACAUCACCGUGUUCCAUCGUGCGGAAAUGUAUUAUUGUUGGGAACACUUCACGGUUUAUCCGCGAGGAUCAACGAGAGGUCAAUGACCAAUCUACACACAAGUGGAUGGUGUACGUCCGUGGUCCAAAAGAAGAACCAGGUAUCGAUCACUUUGUGUCUAAGGUCUGGUUCUUUCUACAUCCAAGCUACAAGCCGAAUGACAUUGUUGAAGUAUCGCAGGCACCAUUUCACCUGACACGCCGGGGCUGGGGAGAGUUCCCUGUGCGCGUUCGAUUGUUCCUGAGCGACAACCGUCACAAGCCUGUGGAUCUUGUUCACUCGUUGCGCCUGGACAGAUCUUACUCUGGACUGCAAGCAUUGGGUGCUGAGACCAUGGUGAAUCUAGAGUUGGACGCUCAGCUGUUUCACCUGUCGCCGUCACCCGAUCUGGCGGCAACACCCCCGGUGCAGGUUGACUUUGAUCAGCGUGGUACAGCGAUUACAGUGCCGCCUGCCCAAGCCGCUGCUACACCACUGCCAGGUGUCGCGUCGUCUUCACACGUGUCGCCGGUUCUGUUGACCUGCAAUGCCCGUGUGGAGCACAGCUAUGCUCUGCCCUCGUCAUCGCUCUCCGAAGCCAAACUGGCUGUGGCAGAGGCACGUGCUGUACACGAACCUCCGUGUCUUCAGGUCACUGCAUUAAAGCCAGCCGACCUAGCCGCUCGCAUUGAAGAUCACUUGUCAUCAGUUAACAGCAGUACUGGAGCCGUCAGCCUGGAGCAGACCCUUGUGGACGGCGUUCGUUUCUUUCCCUUGGUUAGCACUAGCCAGGACAAAACUGUACAUCCGUAUGUGGCGCGUAGCACGGCUGAGUUCCGCUCAUGGAGCAUUGGCAAGCAACGUGCUUCGGAAUGGCUUCGAGCGUUAGCACUGCGGCGUUACCUAGAAUCAAGGCCAGUCCUUCCGUCGGUGCACAAGGCGACGACACGCUAUGUGUUUGCGUGGUGCCGUGCACAGGGCCACAGUCGUGUUAUUCUCAUGGGCCACACUGGACCACAGUCCGGUGUGCCCAAAUCACCGCUUCCCUUGUGUGGCCUCUGCGGUCGUCUGCUUAGCAACGGUGAUCAUGAUGUUCACCUGCUGUGCCGCAACCGCUGCCUUCAGAGUGGCCUGACCCUUUCCAGCUGCCAGCCUUUGCUGAAAGAGCUUGCUCUGCAGCAGGCAGCCACAUUAGGUCACUCUGGCCAGCAGAGAAUUGGACAUGGUAUUGAUGUGACUGGCAAAUUCACAAGCCAAUUCGGGAAAGCGAGGGCAUUUGGAGUGGCAAAUGCGAUACGUGGAAGUGAGCACAGACCUCAGAGACGAAAGAAGCCACGGCCGCAGCAGCAACAACAGCAGCAGCAGGAUGUGUCCAGUGCUCCUUUGUUUCCUCGGUAUUGGUGUCGGGAGCUGCUGUCACAGGUCCAUCUCGCAGAGGCUGUGAAGCCUCCGCUCGACCCGACCGAAGAGAGUGUGAUGGUGCCAUACCCGGCUGAGGUAGCGUUGAAUGCAGCGUGCCAAUGCAUGCUACGGGACUUGCUGACAGCUGCCUGUGAGCUGGCUAGCAAGGAAUCGAGUAGCUUCAACAGCGGUAUCUCACCGACCCUCACAGUCUUCCAUGUCCACGCCGCUCUCACGCACUCGUCACGUCUGGACAUACUCAGCGAUCGUGGCUUGGCAUCUCUACAGCCUUAACUUGUUUUUAAAAGAAUAGACCCGUGUGUGUGUGUGUGUGUGUGUGUGUGUGUGUGUGUGUGUGUGUGUGUGUGUGUGUGUGUGUGUGUGUGUGUGUGUGUAUGUGUACGUGCGUAUUUUCUAUUGGGAGUAUUGCUUCUAUUCUUUUCCUGUACAUAAUGGAACUAGAAGCACAACAGGAAAUAACGAUCUAAGGAGGAAGUAGGUCUGUGCUGGAUGCUGUGAUGCAUAUUCUUACCGUACUAGUAAUUUAUAUUGAGCGUGCUAGCAGGUUGGUGUGGUCCUCCCUCGCACGAAAGUAUUUCCGUUAUUAUCUUUAUCACUGACAGUGAUUUUUUUAGCAAUAUGCGACAAGUAGGCAUAUCUUCGAAAUUGGUUUUGUUUUAUCGUGUUAUAUUGGCGUGUAGACGUGUGGUAGUUUUAAUGAUUAUGCACAUGGCUGGCAGUAGUUGUGUGAUGGAAAGGCUUAGCAUGUCUAUAAUAAUAAUUAUGGACUCCAGUAGAAUGUAGUAUCUUUACUGUCA